AUGCCCUACCAUGUUGGCUGGUACUUGCUCCUGGGAUGCCUAUUGCUGGAUUUAUUGGGGUUGCAUGUACAAGGUCAAAGACGACGGGAUGGAAAGAAUGCGUUCCUGCGUCGAGAAAGUUCACGAGGCGAUGGGACGGUCCCUUCUAGACCCAAUCGGAAAGGUUCAGUAGGUCGUGGGGGUGUCCUUUUGGUGGAUGAGGACACUGACUUGUUGGAUACGAUCUUCCAAAAUGGCAGACAAGUGAACCCACGGUUAAAACCUUCCAGAAAUGGACCUAAGGGAAGCCAGAAAGGGAAACCUGAACUAUCAUCUAAAAACAUGGAGGAAAACAUUACCACAGAGAAGAAGAAAGAUUCUAAUGGGAGGACUUCAUCGCUGUUUCCUGGAAAGCCUUCAGAUGAUAUAAUAGACCUGGACAUUGGAGGUUCUCCUAAGAAACCCUCGCUAGGUUUUCCUGCACCUCCUAAGAUUCCUUCAGAUCCCAGAUCCGCCACAGAUUCUAGCAAAGAGACCACGACUAUUUCACCUUUACCUGAUGUUAAGGGGAGCUCCCGCACCACGCAGACUUCCAUACAGUUUGAUCGUAGACGUGAGCACAAAGGCAGACUACCAGAAAAAGGCCGCCCUGCAACUGUAGCCAUUGUGUCUAGAGAUGGAAACCUGGUUUUGGGCUCAGAUGGCAAAAUGUACCGGCUUCGGAGAGGCCCACCUGGCCGAAUGGGUCCGCCUGGGCUGGAAGGUUGUCCUGGUGAGCCGGGCCUCCCUGGGUUUAAAGGUGAUAAGGGUAAGACAGGCCCUGAAGGAAGACAAGGAAAAAAGGGGGAGAGGGGACCUCCUGGACCGCCAGGUUUACCAACCCUCUACCUGUGGAGGAACACUGCUGAGGAAUGGGCUGCAUUCCAGCAAACCAGUUUCUACCAGUUGCUUGCUGCAGGUUGGCCUAGUAGAGAAGGCCCCGCAGGACCACCUGGAGAAAUGGGCAGGCCUGGCAGACAGGGGCCACCUGGUGAACCUGGGGAGCGAGGAAGACCAGGGAUGCCAGGAGAGAUGGGGGAUCGUGGUCCUCGUGGCCCUCCAGGACGAUCUGGGACUGCAGGGCGAGAUGGGGACAAUGGGGAAGAUGGUCAGCCGGGGUCACCUGGUGUUCCUGGAUCACAGGGCCCGUGGGGAUACAGGGGGGAGCGAGGACCUAAAGGGGAAAAAGGUGAUGAGGGUCUUACUGGCCCCAGAGGUCCAAGAGGUGAAAUUGGUGAACCUGGCAAGAAGGGUGGAACUGGUUUACCUGGUCCACAAGGCCCUGUUGGACCCCGCGGGCCUCAGGGAAUCCGAGGUGGCGCUGGGCCAGAGGGACCCCCUGGGCCUGAUGGGGAGAGUGGACUGGAUGGCCUCCCAGGUCUGCCAGGGCCACCGGGUGCACCAGGUGCCACAGGACGAGUUGGCGCACAAGGAGUUAAUGGCUCAAGGGGGGACAUUGGACCUGCUGGCAGUGAUGGCCUUAAAGGCCCACAGGGGCCUCCAGGUCUCGAGGGACAGAUUGGACCUCCGGGACUCCGAGGACCGCAAGGGCAUCUAGGAUUGACGGGUUCUCCUGGCCCCAAAGGAGAUCCUGGGCCUGUGGGGCCUGUGGGGGCCCGGGGGGAUCCAGGCUCAGAGGGACCUAUGGGUUCACCAGGGAGAAAGGGUGAUGUGGGUUUUCCUGGAAGAACGGGUAACAGAGGACCAGACGGGGAAAAGGGUGAUCCAGGAGCUAAAGGCGACAGAGGUAUUCAGGGGGCAACAGGCAUUAGCGGUCCUCAGGGCGAGAGGGGCCUCGUUGGAUUCCCUGGUUUCCCAGGAGCCAAAGGCCAGCCCGGCCCUAAAGGCACUGAGGGCAUCGAUGGCGAAACUGGCCUCCAGGGAAAACAGGGCAGCCGUGGGUUAAAGGGAAACAGAGGACCAGAUGGACGUGAUGGCAAACCAGGACCCAGGGGGAACAAGGGUUUGACCGGACAAAGAGGUCAUCCUGGCCAACCAGGCCCACCGGGUUUGCCGGGGCCACCUGGAACAGAGGGAGCAGAAGGAAAGCCUGGUACACAGGGUCCCUCAGGUGCAGCUGGUGUUGCUGGUACUAAAGGGCCGAUGGGGUUUCAAGGAAUUCCCGGAGUGAGAGGAACUGAUGGUGCACCAGGUUCUGCGGGGCCAACGGGGAAGACGGGGCCUCCAGGCUCACCAGGACCCCCAGGAGAAAGGGGCUUCACAGGGAAGCCAGGGUUUGAGGGACCUCAGGGCCCUGUAGGCAUGUAUGGUAUCCCAGGAACUGUGGGAAUGCGUGGGCCAACAGGUUUCACAGGACCGAGGGGGGAGCCAGGUUUACGAGGAUUACCCGGUCCUGUUGGGAAGCCUGGACCUCCAGGUUUGCAAGGUCCUCCUGGAGAGAAGGGACCCCGGGGACCACAGGGUCGUCUAGGAGAUGACGGCCUCAAAGGGAUACAGGGUCCACAAGGUCCUCCAGGUCUACCAGGUCCUGAUGGGGCAAUUGGAAAACCAGGACCAAUGGGAAGCAAAGGGCCUCCAGGACCUCAGGGACCACAGGGGCAGGCAGGAAUCCCAGGUCCGCAGGGAGCUGAUGGAUUAUCAGGGGAACCGGGGGAAAGAGGACCUAAGGGUUUACCUGGAUCACCUGGAGAAGCAGGCCCCAUGGGACGACAAGGACAGCAGGGUCCUCCUGGCCACACAGGAAUCGAGGGCCCACUUGGAAGGAAAGGAGACCAGGGGGAUUUAGGACCUUGUGGGAAACCUGGUUCUAAAGGGCCACCAGGAGAGAGGGGACCUCAGGGGGGAAAAGGCCUACAAGGACCAUCUGGACCAGUCGGUAAAGAGGGGGAUGUUGGACUUCCCGGUGAAGUUGGAGAUCCUGGGCCCAAGGGGGAGAAGGGUGAGCUGGGACCUCUUGGUUUGUCUGGUCGAGAGGGUCCCUGGGGACCCCUCGGAGAAAAUGGUGACAGAGGUCCAAAGGGGGAGAAGGGCCACUUGGGACUGAUGGGUGAACCAGGACUGAUGGGUGAACUAGGCCCUGUGGGCCUGCCUGGGUUACUGGGAAUGAUAGCUCCUCCAGGACGUCCAGGUCCCGAUGGACCUCAGGGAGAGAAGGGCGAGCAUGGGCCCGUAGGAAUUACUGGACCGCCGGGUUCAGCAGGCCCUCAGGGGAUAAUGGGGUCACGUGGUGUCAGAGGAGAUCCUGGGAGGCUCGGACCACCUGGUCCAGUAGGACAUGCAGGACCAAAGGGACACGAGGGAAGUAAAGGAGAGCCUGGGGAACUGGGACUCAAGGGAGAGCCAGGACCUCCAGGCCCACCAGGGGAGCCGGGCGAUGAUGGUCUUCCAGGAAUUCAGGGUCCUGAGGCUCUGCCGGGGUUAGAGGGGCCUCCUGGAGAGGUGGGACCCCAGGGCCUCCCAGGUCCUAUAGGUGUUCCUGGAGUUCAAGGAAGACCGGGACCUGAAGGCAAACAGGGCAUGAAGGGGGAGAAGGGAGAAGAAGGCAAGACUGGUUCACCAGGGAAGAGGGGUCAUGUUGGAAGGAGGGGAAAAAGGGGAAAGGCUGGAGUCAGAGGGCCCAGGGGAGAGAGAGGACCAAAGGGUGAAAAGGGAGACACAGGACCGGUGGGGCUCCCUGGAUGGUCAGGACUCAUUGGAAUCCCCGGCUUACGUGGAGAGUCAGGUGAUCAAGGUCAAAGGGGUGAAAAGGGUGACAAAGGAGACAUGGGACUGCCUGGACUACCUGGAGUUGAUGGCAUGAAGGGUAUCCGUGGUCCUGUUGGAUUGCCUGGUCCAGAGGGUCCAAAAGGGGAACAGGGAAACAUUGGUCUGCCAGGGCCCAGGGGCAUGUCAGGGAUGCCAGGAUUGCCUGGUUUGUUUGGAUUAAAGGGAUUGAAAGGCUACCAAGGUCUGCCUGGUCCACCUGGCAGGAAGGGGCUGCCGGGUCCACCUGGCAUUCCCGGACUUCCUGGAAAGUCACUGAACAUGACCUUGUCUCAGCUCAAGGACCUCAUGUACAUGUCAGAUAAGCCCAACUACCUUCUGAUCCAGACGUUGCUGGAUACUCUUCAGGAGGAGCUUCGGCUGCUUUUGGAUCCUCCUGAUGGCAGCAAAGAGCAUCCAGCUACUACCUGUCUGGAGCUCUGGCUCUGUCACCCUGAAUACAGCAGUGGAAUGUAUUACAUUGACCCCAACCAGGGCAGUCCUGCCGAUGCCCUGCUGGCUUACUGCAGCUUCUCUUCCACAUCAAAACAGACCUGCCUUCAUCCUCAAGACUCUCAGCUGCCAACGAAAGCGUGGAUGGAGGACUUUUCCGAGGAAGGAUCUUUUCAGUGGCUCAGCAAGCUGAAUCAGGGAUUUCAGUUUUAUUAUCAAGGUGCUAAUGUGGUCCAGAUGCGCUUUCUGAGAUUGCACAGUGGCACAGCUGUACAGAAGGUUACCUACUCCUGCCACCCAGGACACAGACUGGGCCCGGCCUACCGAGAUGUCAAAUUCCUCACUGACUCAAGGACACAAAGUUACCUCGGAGCAGUUCAAGAUUGUGUGCCUGGAGAGGAGAUGGAGUCUGGUCCUCGGGAGUCUGUGCUGGAGUUUGAGGACCUCCAUCUCCUUCCUCUGAGAGACGUGGCACUAAUGGGAGGAGGAAACGCGACAUACCAGUUUGGCCUCACUGUUGGACCUGUGUGUUUCAGCUAGAGGUGGGAGAAAACUGUACCAUCCCGGAAGACUCUCAGGUCCAGGACACAAACUCUCUUUAAAUCAUGGACAAGUGGAACCUUCCAGUCUGUGAAGUUUUUGCUUCUUUAUCCUCUAGUGUUGGAGGAUUUUAUCCCUCAAGUUCAGUGACUUUGUAUGACUGAAUCUUUGAGGCCAAUAGUGCCCCCAGGCUUUUUUUCACGGAGAAGGCAAUUUCGUUUACAGAGACAUUAAAUAAUUUAAGUGUAUGUUUUUUUUUUUAGUUU